UAAAGAAAUUUUAGAAAGAAAGCAAAGGAAUAUUAAAUGGGGCCAACAAUCUGAACAUAAAAGGAAAAUCUUUUUAGAAUUAUUGUUGGAAGAAUAUUCUAAGAAUGAAAAUUUUGCAUACAAUGACAUUAUGGAUGAAGCACUGACCUUCCUAUUUGGUGGAUAUGAUACAUCGAGUACAGGUUUAUAUUGGGCUCUAUGUCUGUUGGGCCUACACUCCGACAUUCAGGAUAGAGUAUUCCAGGAAUUACAUUCCGUAUUUGGAGAUGAUAAAACAAGAGAGGUUAGAAUUGAAGAUGUGAAGAGUUUGGUAUAUCUAGAACAAGUUAUCAAGGAAACUCUGAGACUUUAUCCGCCUGUACCUCUCAUAGGAAGAGAAAACAAAGAAAGUAUUAAAGUGGGUUCCAUAUAUGCAAUGAUGGAAAUGAAGAUUAUUUUAGCUCAUCUUCUUCGCAACUUCAAAAUUACAACUCUGGAUCCCUUGGAUAAAGUAAACAUGAUGAUGACGGUGACCCUUAGGUGCUUGAAUACACCACGUUUACGUUUCUCCUUCCGCACAUGACAGACUCUUUUUAGCGAAACCAGAAAUCCAGCCGCCAGAAUGCAUGGCAGUAUCAGUGGCAAUUUCACCAAAUAUAUUUUCCAAACACUUCAAAUAUCUUUUCUGUUUUAAAACGAUCCUUUAAACACAUACAAAGUAGCUGUAAGUACGUUGCAAUAUUUAUGUAAAUUCACGAACAUGUAACACCAAACAAUGCUUAUUCUGUUAAGAACUUUAUAAGUACUGUCUUUAAGUGAAUGGAAUGGAAUCUAAAGGUAUUAAUAACUAAAUAAGAAAUGGAGAUCAUUUAAAAAAUUGAUAAUUUUUAAUUAAGCUUUGUCUUUGAUACUGGGUGGUGUAGGUGGAUAUAUUUAUUACUGUAAUACUUAAUAUUUUUAUUUGUAUUUUACUUUUAGUAUUCAUUAUUAGUCUUUGUUUUUGUAGUUUUGUCCCUUUCCUUCAUUGUAUUCUUGAUGUACAACUAUAGAAUUACUGUAGAAGUUUAUUUUACCAAAAUACUGUAGCCUCUUGUAGAUCUGCCUCUUGUAGAAUGAUAUUAUUGAUUACAAGGUAUUCAUACUUUCCAGAAAUCUCACGUGAACAGGGAAUGUGUCAUCACCUCUUUUGAAUACAAAUGUUUCAUUUUAUCCACGAAAAGUUGAAUAUUCUAACUAUCUAGCUUGUAUGUAUAUCCAAUAAAUAUUUUAAUAUACCCUCCGA